GAGACUAAUGAUCCACCUCUACGUUUAGAAAAUUUUGCGUCGGGUGGAUCGGGAGUAGGGGAAAUAUAUAAUUGGAGGUUUACAUAAAUUUUGACAGUGUCUGUUACGUUUCCAUUUUUUCGACGAACAGCAUUCCAGGGGCUGGGCACCUGCACAAUGGAUUCAGACGACCAGAAGAUGGCCAUCAUGAGGAAGGCCUUCCAGAUGUUCGACACCUCCAAGUCCGGGUUCAUCGAGACCCAGAAGAUCUCCACGAUCUUGAACACCAUGGGGCAGCUUUUCGACGACGGGGAACUGAAUAGGCUGAUAAUGCAGAACGAUCCCGACAAAAGCGGGACCGUUAACUUCGACGGGUUCUACAACAUUGCCUCACAUUUCCUCGAGGAGGACGACGACGAAUCCACCCAACAAGAACUGAAAGAAGCGUUCCGCUUGUACGAUCGGGAAGGCAACGGUUACAUCACCACUGCAACCCUUAAAGAAAUUCUAGCGGCGCUUGACGAUAAUCUGACUAGUCGGGACCUUGACGGGAUUAUUGCCGAAAUUGACACCGAUGGCUCAGGAACCGUCGAUUUUGAUGAAUUUAUGGAAAUGAUGACUGGUGACUAAAAGACAAAUUUCCAAUCCAAAGACAACAUGUUCUAGUGAUACUGACAAAAUAACAAUAAACAAUUUUAGUAUAA